AUGGGAGCAGAGAGAGCGAUCUCGUUCAGGGAUUUGGUAUCUGCCAAACAAGCAGGAGGGGGACCAGAACCACAGGUCGCCAUGGAGACGUUCAGCUCGAAGGACAUGGCGAUGAGGGCGCAGAAGAAGAUCCUGAGCAGCAUGGCCACCAAGAGCUCGGUCCAGAUGUUCAUCGACGACACCACCAGCGAGAUCCUGGACGAGCUGUACCGCGUGUCCAAGGAGUACUCAGGGAACAAGUCCGAGGCCCAGAAGGUCACGGUGGCGGACGUGACUGCGGUGGGACUCGGCUUGGACAAGAAGGACGCUAAAAGGAAUGCGGCCUCAAAAGUUCUCAACUCGUUUGGGUACAACUUUGUAGUCAAGGAGCUAGAGCGAAGACCCAAAGAAGACAUCACAUCUCAGCAGAUAGAGACUGAUGUUCUUGAGGAGGUCCCCGAGGUUGAUGAGACACAACAGGACCAGGAAUGUUCUGUAGCUCAAGACGACUCCAUCCAGACAGAGGAGACCCAGUCCCCAACAGAGGAGACAUCUGUGGACACAUCUGCUGCUUACAAAGACAAAGCAGCAGAGGUUUUCCUGGAUGAUGUUGAGGAGGUUCAGACACCUCCAGAGGAGUUUGUGUUUGUGGAGUCCCCUGAAGACACUGCUACUGAUGGUGUUGAUCAGGCAGAACUUCUGAGGGGCCAGGAACAGUCACCAGUACUCACACAAACUGUAAGUGAGGAGGUAACGGUUAGUGAUGUUCCCCACGACGCCAGCACAACUCAAGAGACUGAGACAGAGGAGGUUGAGGAGUCACAACAGGACCAGGAAUGUGCUGUUGCUGAAGACUCCAUCCAGACCGAGGCGAUCCAGUCCCAAACAGACAACACAUCUGUUUUGUCUUCUGCUGCUGCUGCCCAAGACGAAGUAGCAGAGGUUUUUCUAGAUGUCAUUGAGGAGGUUCAGACACCUCCUGAGGACUUUGUAUAUCUAGAAACCUGCAAAGACACUUCCAAUGAUGGUGUUGAACAAGCAACACUUCUGGACGCCAUUGAGGAGGAGGUUCAGACACCUCCUGAGGAGUUUGUGUUUGUGGAGUCCCCUGAAGACACUUCUACUGAUGGUGUUGAUCAGGCAGAACUUUGGAGGGAACAGGAACAGUCACCAGUACUCACACAGACUGUAAGUGAGGAGGUAACGAUUUGUGAUGUUCCCCACGACGCCAGCACAACUCAAGAGACGGAGAGUGAUGUUCAUGAGGAGGUUGAGGACUCACAGCAGGACCAGGAAUGUGCUGUUGCUGAAGACUUCUUUCAAACGGAGGAGAUCUAG